CGGGCGGGCCGGGCACAGCCGCGGGAGGUUCUGGAAACGCCGGGAGCGGCGCGUGUCCAGCGGCUGCAGAGACCGGUGACAAUUAGUUAACCAACUACAGGCAGACCGCGCGCGCCUGGGACUGAGGGAGUUGCUAGCCCAGUGGUACAGCGGGACAGAAGAUCCCAAAGGCCGGGCCCGGAGCAGUGAGGCAGAGGCUGACUCCCCAGAUCCUGGCACUGUGCUGGCACGUGUGUUGGAAGUGAAUGUCACUGAAUGUGUUGCAGACCAUGUUCCCUGUGAUCAUGAAACUCCAGGAGUCCAUGUUGCUGAUGGCCUGGUUUGGUGUUCUGAGUAGUGUGCAGGCUGAAUUCUUCACCUCUAUUGGCCACAUGACUGACCUGAUUUAUGCAGAGAAGGAUCUGGUGCAGUCUCUGAAAGAGUACAUCCUUGUGGAGGAAGCCAAGCUGUCCAAGAUUAAGAGCUGGGCCAACAAGAUGGACGCCCUGACCAGCAAGUCGGCUGCUGACCCUGAGGGCUACCUGGCUCACCCUGUGAAUGCCUACAAACUGGUGAAGCGGCUCAAUACGGACUGGCCUGCACUGGAAGACCUUGUCCUGCAGGACUCAGCUGCAGGUUUCAUCGCCAACCUCUCAGUGCAGCGGCAGUUCUUUCCUACUGAUGAGGACGAGAUGGGGGCUGCCAAAGCCCUGAUGAGACUUCAGGACACAUACAGGCUGGACCCAGACACAAUUUCCAGAGGGGAGCUUCCAGGCACUAAGUACCAGGCAGUGCUGAAUGCAGAUGACUGCUUUGGGAUGGGCCGCUCGGCCUACAACGAAGGGGACUAUUAUCACACGGUGCUAUGGAUGGAGCAGGUGCUCAAGCAGCUUGAUGCUGGGGAGGAGGCCACCACGACCAAGUCCCAGGUGCUGGACUACCUCAGCUACGCUGUCUUCCAGUUGGGUGAUCUGCACCGUGCCCUGGAGCUCACCCGCCGCCUUCUCUCCCUCGAUCCGAGCCAUGAACGAGCUGGAGGAAAUCUGCGGUACUUUGAGCACUUGUUGGAGGAAGAAAGAGAAAAAAUGUUAUCAAAUAAGACAGAAGCUGAGCUGGCAACCCAGGAAGGCAUCUAUGAGAGGCCGGUGGACUACCUGCCUGAGAGGGAGGUGUAUGAGAGCCUCUGCCGUGGGGAGGGUGUCAAAUUGACACCCCGGAGGCAAAAGAGGCUCUUCUGUAGGUACCACCAUGGCAACAGGGCUCCACAGCUGCUCAUCGCCCCCUUCAAAGAGGAGGACGAGUGGGACAGCCCACACAUCGUCAGGUACUACGAUGUCAUGUCAGACGAGGAAAUCGAGAGGAUCAAGGAGAUUGCAAAACCCAAACUUGCACGAGCCACUGUCCGUGAUCCCAAGACAGGUGUCCUCACUGUUGCCAGCUACAGGGUUUCUAAAAGCUCCUGGCUAGAGGAGGAUGACGACCCUGUAGUGGCCCGAGUAAAUCAUCGGAUGCAGCACAUCACUGGAUUAUCAGUGAAGACUGCAGAAUUGUUGCAGGUGGCUAAUUAUGGAGUAGGAGGACAGUAUGAGCCUCACUUUGACUUCUCCAGGAACCAUGAGCGAGAUGCUUUCAAGCGUUUAGGGACGGGGAAUCGUGUGGCCACAUUCUUAAACUACAUGAGUGAUGUAGAAGCUGGUGGUGCCACUGUCUUCCCUGAUCUGGGGGCUGCAAUUUGGCCUAAGAAGGGUACAGCUGUAUUCUGGUACAACCUCUUGCGGAGUGGAGAAGGUGACUACCGAACAAGACAUGCUGCCUGCCCUGUGCUUGUGGGCUGCAAGUGGGUCUCCAAUAAGUGGUUCCAUGAACGAGGACAAGAGUUCUUGAGGCCUUGUGGAUCAACAGAAGUUGACUGAUGUCCCAUUCUGUGCUUCCCCUUCCUGGCCUCUCAGCCCACGUCAUCUUCAAGUUCAGCGUGACAGACAACUUUGUACCAGUUUCUCAGGCGUGUUUUUGGAGGAAUCAAUGUUUGUCUGGAGCAGAGGGAGACCAUCCUGGGACAGGUCCUCCGUGACCAGGGUCCCAGCCUUUCUAGUCGGCCUGUGCCAUCUCUGGCCCAGAGGCUAGGGUCAGAGUGGCUGCAGCAGAGUGAGGCUGUCUAGCACCUUGCAAGGUGCCUUUGUACCUCAGAUGUUUUAGGUGUGAGAUGUUUCAGUAAACCAAAGUUCUGAUACCUUGUUUACAUGUUUGUUUUUAUGGCAUUUCUGUCAAUUGUGGCUUUAACCAAAAAAUAAAAUGUCCCUGCCAGAAGCCUUAAA